CAGAGUAUGUCCUAGUUCUUGCUCUGCUUUUGUAGUUUCCUCUUCCUAUGGGUGCUAUCUAUGCCUGUAGCUGACCUUCUAUCUAAGAAUAAGAAAUGAAUCAAGGUUGACUUCUUUGCUCUGCCAUCUGCCUUUCUUAAACAAAAAAAAAAUUGCCGCUUAAAAGCUCUUCUAUCUCAGGAUUGCUUUGCCAGGGACAGAUUCUGUGGGAGACCAUGAGUAGUACUAUUAGUAUGCACUCGAGAGCUUACUUGUUGCUGGAAAGAGAGUAUAUAGAACAUGAAGAAGCCAGGAUCUUUGGCAUUACUGUUGCUCCUGUGGGAGACAGCUUGAUGGAAUGGGUAGCUGAUAUUGAAGGCCUGAAGGAUACCUUAUGGGAAGGAGCUGAACUCCAACUAUCGUUAAGGUACACUGAAGACUACAACAGAAUCCCUCCAAGCGUCACUUUCAACACUAUUCCGUUCCAUCCCAAUGUGGACCCAAAGACUGGAAGACCUUGUGUGGAUUUUCUAGAUGAUCCUACCAAGUGGGACACCAAAUUUACAAUGACUAGUAUCCUACUUAGUAUCCAGGUUUUGCUGUCUAAUCCAGUUUUGGAAAAUCCAGUGAACUUGGAGGCAGCUGAUUUGCUGAAGAACAAUUUUCCCCAGUAUAGGAAAAAAGUUAUACGGUGUGUCAGAACUAGCCAGCACCUAGACGCCAUCAGUUUGGCAAGUUCUCUCAGCAUAUUCAGGCGUCCCCAGGAAGAUGAAGAAUAUGGCCAAGAAAGAUAUGUUGCAUCCAUAUCAUAUGAAGAAUAUUACUGGACAUGGUAUAAAUUGGCCACAUCAAAAGCUGCAGACGAGUUUAAAAGCCCAGUGUUUGAAGACCCAAACUUCAUAGGAAACCGCUAUGGAUGGAGGGCAGCAAAUGUGGACAAAGGACAAUGGGAUGCUCUUACGCAUCGGUUAUUAAUCUCUGAGUUUAUCAAAAAUCAAAAGAGAGAAAGAUUGGUAGAAAGCAAGAAAAGUCACCCUACUCUGCCAAGCCCAACUCCAGCAUCUGUAUCCCGGAUUACUUCUGGUAGAGUGUCUAAGAACAGGAGCCAGGAUGAGGAGCAAUGGGAGAAGGAAGCAGAAGAUCUAGUAAUGUGGUCUGCGAGUCUUGAGCACAUGAAAUUGGAUUAAUUUCAACUAAUUAAACUAUGAUCACUAAUGUAAUGUAAGGUUGAGAGCAAUAUUGUUGUUGCAAUAGAAUCAAAUGUCCAGCCAUUAACAAGAACCCCCUACCCUGUACAGUUUAAUACGAAGGAGACCACCUGCAUAUUAACUGUGCAUGUUCUCAUAGUCAAGGGUCCUCUGCCUGAAUCACAGCCCCCAAAGUUCUGUAUUAUGAGGCUGUGAAUACUGACAAAUUGAUGAGCAGAGAUUGAUGGUGGGUCACAUAAGACUUGGUUGGGUUUGUUUUUUUAAGUGUUUCAUUAUAGAUAAAGACUGCAAAUGAAGUGCGCACACUUUAGCACCAAGUGGUGGUGCUGUUGUUAUUUAUUUUAAUACCUGAGCAUAUAGGUAUCUAUGUGCAGGGUGCUUGACGAAGUAAAGACAGAGAAAGGGAAAACAAAUGAAUGCAGAGAUAGAAAGGGGAAGAGCAUGGGAUUGUUUCAGUUGCACGUACUUAAGCUUAGUUAGAAUGGAGUAUGCUGACUAGAGGAAUGUUCCAAAGACUUCAGAGUUUAGAAGAACCUGGAACCUCUGGCUUUGAGUACAUUAGUCAAUUUUCAUCUUCUACAAUCUUUUGCUCCAUAGAUGAUAAAACAUGUAGCACCAGGUCACUUGCGGCAAACUUUCAACAAUACCUUCCAGCCCCUGUGACUCCAGCAAAAUCCCUAUUUAUCUACGUGUACUUUGACAUGCUUUCAAACUGCUAGGUGGGACCGAGCAAUGGGAGCUCACCCCAUCAUGGGGAUUCGAACUGCCGACCUUCUGAUCGGCAAGCCCUAGGCUCUGUGGUUUAGACCACAGCACCACCCGCGUCCCUUAAUAUAUAUAUUAGUGAGCAUAAAUGAAGGAGUAUUAGCUUGGGAAAUUGAGAAACAAUUUCAUCGUUGCUACUAUUUUUCUUCAGCAGGUUAAGAGCAUAAUUGAGGAUAUCCAUGCUUCUUCCACUGUACCCUUGCCAACGUAUUUCCUUAUCUAAUAAUGACUUACUAGCUAUUCCUGACCAUACUAUUGGUUAGAAAAUAUAUUUUCUCUUAUUACCAUAUUCCAUGUCUCUGUUUCUUGUCCUCAUAUAACCCAUGUGCUCUGAGGCACAGCCCUCUUUCUGCUUUCAGCUCAAAAUCAGAUGCCUGGAUGUGUAUAACACAUUUGGGCACAGCAUUUACCAGCCACACAAGCCCCAAACACAGAAUAUAUAUCAACCUUUGCAUUUGCCACCCAUCAGCCAACCAUGAUACCAGACUCUUGGUAUCCUUUCCCACUUCUCCACCAUAUGACAGCCAAGGCAACUUUUUCUGUCCUUAAAGCCUGAGUCAGUGUGCUUUUGCCUGCUGAGCUCACUUGACUGCUCUUAGCCACUCCCAUUCAUUUUGAUUGGGUAUGUCCAGGUGCCUUGUGCCUUAAGGCUAGUGUCUGAGAUCACAGUGUGAUUUGAUGAGCAUUGGAAAGGAGACAGAAGGGCGAGAGGAUGACAUGCAUCACAAGAUGGGGAAGCUUUUAAUGUUUGACGUUUUACUGUGUUUUUAUAUGUGCUGUAAGCUGCCCAAAGUGCCUGGGGAAACCCAACCAGAUAGGCGGAGUAUAAAUAAUGAAAAUUAUUAUUAUUAUUAUUAUUAUUAUUAUUAUUAUUAUUAUUAUUAUUAUUAGAUACAACAUGUCUUUGGGAGUGACAGGCAUCCCUCACUGAUCACUAGGGGGCCCACUGAAUUUCACUUCUCACCACUGGUUCCUAGGGAUAUGCAUAUGCCACUUUUUCCUCAUCUCCUUCCUAGUGAGAGAGAAAUGAGUCAGGUUAUUCACAAGCAGUUCUGGCCACUCUUGUCUUUCCUGUACGCAGCAGGAAUGGCUGUGAUUGGACAUUCAUGGUCAUAACGUCCCCACCCAGCGACUUGGGUGGUGGAAAGCUUUCCAGUGCUGCUCCCUUCCUAUGGGCAGCUAUCCUUUGGCAACACACAGUCUGUCUCUCACCAUGUGCUUGUGCAGUGCCUAAUUUGGGUGGGCUGUGAUCUCAGCCAGGAUUACCAGAAACUACAGCCCGAUACAUGUACAUUAUAUUUUCAGAAUAACAGCUUGCUAGGGCUUCUGGUCAUCAAAGUGCUUUGUCCGAUGCAAGGCCUGUUUGUUGAGUGCAUCUUGUGCUGCGAUAAUUACUUUGAAGUGCAGGGCUGAUAGUUCCAAAAGAUAGUAUUAUCACAGAUUUCUCAAUUCAAAGUAACAGAGACAUCGGGAGUUCUUAAUCAAAAGUAGGCUUUAAGCGAAUGAUCAUUAACUCUGUGAGCAGAACCAGGCUUUUCCGUUCUGUGCAUUUUUAUAGGCACUAUUUUACUGCAGGCCUUUUUUAUGAGUUCUGGGAUCAUGAGGCUUAAAGAGGGGACACAGCCAGGAUUUGGAUGUGGGAGGAAUAAAGUGUCAAGCUGAGCAGGGCUCCACAUGCACAUCUGGGACCAUUUAGAGCAUAUUAUUUGUGCACGUGGUGGGGUUUUUUUAUUUAAGUGCUCCAACCGAUUAUAGGCAAGUAGCAGCUCUGCCAAAUGAAACCCAGCAAUGUGAAUGUGAGAAGAGUAAGUCAGUGGGGCUUACCUGACACUCCUGGAUACUGUGGCUGGCCUCAGCAUGGGGACGAACAAACAUGGUGAGGCAUGCUGGUAUUUUGCCAAUUUCAGCAUUCUCAUACUCUCCAGUCGAUGAAGUUUCAUGAUGUAACUUGAACAGCCUGUUCCUAAAAAGAGGCAUCUGCACAGAACCACACCAUAAGCGAUUCACACUGGAUCAGUUAUAUUGACUGGUACGCUGUUGUGUUUUGACUGCAAUGUUUUCUAUGCGAAGAGGAGAGGUGCUAUAUUGGCAGGUACUAUUUGGGGAAAUGCCCGCAAAUUCACUGCUUUGUAGCAGCUGGCUCUGACAGUGCUACUACUAUAUUAAAGCAUAGCUGCCAAGUCUCCCGCUGAAAAAUGCGGGAACAGCAGCGGUGCGGCACCGGAAGUCGCC